UUUGAAAUCUAAGAAGCUGAGGAGAGUUUAAGGUUUUAAAAAAAAAAACAGAAUGACGUUUUCGAUGAGAGAUUUAGAUGAGGCUCUCCAAGGAUGUGGCCAGAAAUCAGGGAUUGAAAUAUGGCGCAUCGAGAAUUUCAAACCUGUCACUGUUCCAAAAGAGUCUCAUGGUAAAUUUUUCACCGGGGAUUCCUAUAUUGUCUUAAAGACCACAGCGUCAAGAACCGGUUCCCUGCAUCACGAUAUCCACUACUGGCUCGGUAAAGAUUCCAGUCAGGAUGAAGCUGGCGCUGUAGCCAUUAUGACGGUUGAGUUAGAUUCAGCGUUAGGUGGGCGUGCUGUUCAGUACCGAGAAGUACAGGGUCACGAGACUGAGAAGUUCCUUUCCUACUUCAAACCUUGCAUUAUACCUCAGGAAGGUGGAGUUGCUUCCGGUUUCAACCACGUCAAGCCCGAGAAGCACCAGACGCGUCUGUAUAUCUCUAAAGGCAAACAUGUCGUCCGUGUAAGAGAGGUUCCGUUUGCUAGAUCGACUCUCAACCACGACGAUGUUUUCAUUCUCGAUACAGAGUCUAAAAUAUUUCAGUUCAGUGGUUCUAAUUCGAGUAUUCAAGAAAGAGCAAAAGCUCUUGAGGUUGUUCAGUACAUUAAAGACACUUACCAUGAUGGAAAGUGCGAUAUCGCAGCUGUAGAGGAUGGGAGGUUGAUGGCUGAUGCUGAAGCUGGAGAGUUUUGGGGUUUGUUUGGUGGGUUUGCUCCUCUUCCUAAGAAAUCAGCACUCCGUGAUCACAAAACCGCUGGAUCUGAUGGGAUCAAACUCUUCAGUGUUGAGAAGGGACAGACAAAACACAUAGAAGCUGAGUGUUUGCAGAAAGAGCUUCUAGAGACUAACAAAUGUUACAUUCUUGAUUGUGGUCUGGAGUUGUUUGUUUGGAAGGGAAGAAAUACUUCAAUCGACCAAAGGAAGAGCGCAAGUGAAACUGCAGAAGAGUUUUUCCGCUCGUCUGAACGUCCAAAAUCAAACCUGGUGAGUGUGAUGGAAGGGUUUGAAACAGUGAUGUUCCGAUCUAAGUUUGAUUCAUGGCCGACUACAAGUGCCGUGGCUGAGCCCCAACAAGGCAGAAGCAAAGUGGCAGCUCUUUUGCAACGGCAAGGAGUUAAUGUUCAAGGCCUGGUUAAGAGUUCUUCUUCUUCGUCUUCUUCUUCUUCUUCUAAAGACGAGCCUAAGCCAUACAUUGAUGGCACAGGAGAUCUCCAGGUCUGGCGAAUCAAUCGCGAGGAAAAGAUCCCUCUAGAACCAGCAGAGCAAUCAAAGCUCUAUAGUGGAGAUUGUUAUAUAUUCCAGUACUCAUAUCCCGGAGAAGACAGAGAAGAAACUCUAGUGGGUACUUGGUUAGGAAAGCAAAGCGUUCAGGAAGACAGAGCAUCUGCUAUUUCCAUGGCAAGCAAGAUGGUUGAAUCCAUGAAGUCUAUGCCAGCUCAGGCUCGCAUUUACGAGGGAAAAGAACCGAUUCAGUUUUUCGUUAUCAUGCAAAGCUUCAUCACAUUUAAGGGUGGUCUUAGUGAUGCUUUCAAAAAGUACAUAGCAGAGAACAAAGUACCUGACACUACUUAUGAUGCAGAGGGUGUUGCGCUGUUUAGGGUUCAAGGUUCUGGACCAGAGAACAUGCAGGCCAUACAGAUAGAAGCGGUUUCUACAGGGUUAAAUUCUUCUUACUGCUAUAUAUUACAUGGUGAUUCUACGGUUUUCACUUGGCGUGGCAAUCUAACUUCACCGGAUGAUCAAGGACUUAUGGAGAGAAUGUUGGAUCUGAUCAAGCCAAAUGAAAACACCAAGGCACACAAAGAAGGCUCAGAGUCUGAACAGUUUUGGAAAUUAUUAGGAGGGAAAUCAGAAUAUCCAAGCCAAAAGAUCAAAAAGGAUGGAGAGAGUGAUCCUCAUCUCUUCUCUUGCACAUUCUCAAACGAAAAUCUAAAGGUUACGGAGAUCUUCAACUUCACUCAAGAUGAUCUGAUGACUGAAGAUAUCUUCAUUCUUGAUUGUCACACUGAGAUCUUUGUCUGGAUGGGGGAACAAGCUGACCCCAAGAAGAAACCGCGAGCUUUAGCCAUUGGGGAGAAAUUUCUUAAGCACGACUUCCUUCUAGAGAAUCUAGCAAGCGAGACACCUAUAUACAUUGUAACCGAAGGAAACGAACCUCCAUUUUUUACUCGGUUCUUCACCUGGGACUCUUCUAAAUCUGCAAUGCAUGGAAACUCUUUCCAGAAAAAGCUAGCAAUCUUGACGAACAAAGGACAGCCGCUUCUAGAUAAACCUAAAAGGAGAGUACCGGUGUAUAGCAGCAGCAGGUCCAGCGUUCCAGACAAAUCACAGCCGCGGUCAAGAAGUAUGAGUUCUACUCCAGACAGAGCUCGUGUGAGGGGACGGUCUCCAGCAUUCAACGCACUUGCUGCAAACUUUGAGAACGUAGGCACAAGAAACCUAUCAACUCCACCACCUAUGGUUAGCCCAUUGGUCCGGAAGCUUUACCCUAAGUCUCUUGCACCAGACCUCACCAAGCUGGCCCCCAAAUCCUCAGCUUUUGCUGCCCGUACAGCGCUUUUCGAGAAAUCUAGGCCUGCUCCUCAAGAACCAUCAAGUAGCAUUCAUGAAGAUUCAAACGAAGCAGAGACACCAAAGCUGAGAUCAGAGGGAGAAUCAAUGAGCAGCAUUGAUGAAGAUUCAAAAGAAGAAGAAGAAGCAGAGAAAGAAGAAAGCAACCUCCCUACUUUCCCAUACGAACGGCUCAAAACUGACUCAGAGGAUCCUCCAUCAGAUAUCGAUCUCACUAGAAGAGAGGCGUACAUGACUUCAGCAGAGUUCAAGGAGAAGUUUGAGAUGACAAAUAGUGAGUUCUAUAAACUGCCCAAGUGGAAACAAAACAAGCUUAAAAUGGCUCUUCAUUUAUUCUGAAACACACUCAAGAAGCUUCUUCUUCUUCAUCUCAACCACCAAAACCCUUCAAGAAAUACACACAGGGCAUCAUACAUUGAUCUUCACCUUGUGAGCUGCUUACAAAUAAUGAAAAAGAAAAUUAUACUUCGGAUUUUGUUUGUGUGUCGGUUUGUUUACCAUCUCACUGAUCUGUUUGGCUGUUUCCUGUUGGGUACUUCACUUGUCUCUGUUGCUUUAUAUUAUUGAAGAAACAAUGUAAAUUAUCUUUAUUCGGGUCGUCAGUAAUCUUCAUCAGU